UAUAAAUCUUUUCAGUUGAGUUUGGAACGCGUAACCGUUAAAACGUGCAGCGGAAUUUCAAGUGUCGCGCUGUUGAAUUCAAAUUGAAGCGUUGUCGUUGCCGUUGUCAUUGCCAUUGUUGUUUUUGUUGUUGUUAUUAUUUUUGUUUAUUUUUUUUUCUCAAAUCGAUUGAUUUUUUUUUGUCGCCUGCUUGCCAUUCUCGGCUGUUGCUGUUACCGUUAGUUACGUUUUCGUCUUCGCCGCCAACAUGCAACGCGCACAACUAAGCUGCGUCCUGAUCCUGGCAUUCAUUGCUUACGCAAAUGCUUUGGCUGUUGGCACACCCGAAUGCCCCGAGAAGCAUGGCGUCCAGGCUUACGCCCACACCGAGAACUGUGAUCAGUUCUUCCUCUGCACCAACGGCACCUUGACCCUGGAGACCUGCGAGAACGGUCUGCUCUUCGAUGGCAAGGGCGCUGUGCACAAUCACUGCAACUACAACUGGGCCGUUGACUGCAAAGGUCGUCAGUGGGAUCCCACGCCCAUUUCGACACCUGGCUGUGAGUAUCAGUUUGGUCUGUAUGCCGUCUCGAAGGAAUGCUCCACCACCUACAUCAAAUGCGCCCACGGCGAGCCCCACGAACAGGACUGCGAUGCGGGUCUGGCGUACGAUGAGCGCAUCCAUGGCUGCAACUGGCCCGAUCAGCUGCUCGAUCACUGCAAUCCCGAGGCUGUUGUUGGCUUCAAGUGUCCCACAAAGGUCGAUCCCAAUUCGGUGGCCGCUCGCUUCUGGCCCUUCCCCCGGUUCCCCGUGCAGGGCGAUUGCCAUCGCUUGAUCACCUGCGUGGAGGGCUAUCCACGUCUGAUUAGCUGCGGCGAGGACAAGGUCUUCGACGAGCACACGCUCACCUGCGAGGAUCCCGAAUAUGCCAGCGGCAGCUGUGCCAACUAUGGCAAAUAGUGUGACCGUAGUAACUGCAGCUAGACGAAGAAGAAGAAGAAGAAACUGUUCAACAACAAAGCAGCUCACACUCAACUGUACAUAUGUAAAGCUUCGCUGACUCGCUCUUUCUCUCUCUCUCUCUCUCUCUCUCUAUGACACUAUCUAUAGCUAUCUGUAUAUCUAUCCGUCUCUCUCUCUCUUUCUCUAUAUCUUGUGCACCUGCUCUGUGGCUAUCCCGCUCGCACUUUGCUCUCAUUUCCUAGCAUCAAAUAUUGCAAUAAUUAUCGAUCAUUUAACAUAACUUGUUUUUUUUUCUUCCAAUUCAUAUAAUUUUUGUAUAUUUUUUUUAUAUAUCUUUUUUGUUACUUUCCAAUUGAGCUCUAUAUGCAAUAAAGUUUAAAUUUAUUUAUUGUAAUAUUUUUGAAA